UGUCCCCGUGUCCCCCUUAUCCCUCUACCUCUCUGUCCCCCUGUCCCCGUGUCCCCCUGGCUCUCUACCUCUCCGUCCCUCUGUCCCCGUGUCCCCCUGUCCCUCUGUCCCCCUGUCCCUCUGUCCCUCCGCCUCCGCUCCGGGGCCAGCGCUGAUCCCGCCCCGUGUCAGGCACGGCAGCAGCGCAGCUCCCCCGGCUCCGGGCAGGAUUCAGGAUUGAGGAUUGAGGAUUCAGGACUGGGGACUGAGGAUUCCGCUGCUGCCGCUGCUGCUGCCAGCGGCUCCGCAUGGGCAAUGCAGGGGCGCGGAGCGGGGCGCGGGUGGCUGCGCUGUCCCGGCCCCGCCGGGCUCUGCUGCCGGGGCUGCGGCUCCGCGGGGCCGUGAGUGCCCCUGCUCGCCCUGCCCCCGGCUCUGCCGCCUCCAGAGAUGACUUUGAGCUGACUCGCCGAGGGACACAACCCCAGCUUGCUAUGGAGGAUGAUUUUUAAGAUGAAUACCUACCUUGGUGAUAAAUCCAAUACAUCGAUACCGGGAUAUUUCAAAGGCUCUGCACUAAAUUAUGGCAAUUUUUCUGCAAACAACUCCAACGAGACAGGAAGCAACCUGGAUUCACCUGCCUUGGCCACCAGCAGGGCGAUCAUUGUGGGGCUGAUCCUCGGUGCCUUUAUUCUCUUUGCUAUCAUAGGUAAUAUCCUGGUAAUUCUCUCUGUGGCUUGCAACAGACAUUUAAGAAUCCCUACGAACUAUUUCAUCGUUAACCUGGCCAUAGCAGACCUGCUGCUGAGUUUCACCGUCCUGCCGUUCUCUGCCACGCUGGAAGUGCUGGGCUACUGGGUUUUGGGGAGGAUAUUCUGUGACAUCUGGGCAGCGGUGGACGUGCUGUGCUGCACAGCCUCCAUUCUGAGCCUGUGUGCCAUCUCCAUAGACAGGUACAUCGGGGUGCGCUACUCGCUGCAGUACCCCACGCUGGUCACCAGGAGAAGGGCGAUCCUGGCUCUGCUGGGGGUCUGGCUCCUGUCCAUGGUGAUUUCCAUCGGGCCCCUGCUGGGCUGGAAGGAGCCGGCCCCGCCGGACGACAGGGAGUGCCGCAUCACCGAGGAGCCCUUCUACGCCCUCUUCUCCUCCCUGGGCUCCUUUUACAUCCCGUUAAUCGUCAUCCUCGUCAUGUACUGCCGGGUCUACAUCGUGGCCAAAAGGACUACCAGGAACCUGGAAGCUGGGGUGAUGAAGGAAAUGUCCAACUCCAAGGAGCUGACCUUACGGAUCCAUUACAAGCACGAGGACACCUUAAACAACACCAGAUCCAAGGGUCACAACCCCAGGAACUCCUUAGCUUUCAAACUUUUAAAGUUCUCCAGAGAAAAGAAGGCGGCCAAGACGUUGGGAAUUGUGGUGGGCAUGUUUAUCCUGUGCUGGCUCCCCUUCUUCAUCGUCCUGCCACUGGGAUCCCUGUUUUCAGCUCUGAAGCCUCCUGAAACGAUCUUCAAGGUGAUUUUUUGGCUUGGCUACUUCAACAGCUGCUUGAAUCCCAUCAUCUAUCCCUGCUCCAGCAAGGAGUUCAAGAGAGCUUUCAUCCAGAUCCUGCGGUGCCAGUGCCACCGGCGCAAGCAGCUGGGCUGGUGGCCCUACAGCUACCGGAGCUGGAAGCGCUGCUCCUUGGAGCAGGGCAGGAGAGACUCCCUGGAAGACAGUGGCAGCUUCCUGAGCGGCAGCCAGAGGACUCUGUCCUCGGCCUCCCCCAGCCCUGGCUAUGUCAGCAGGAUCAGCCAGCCCCAGCUGGAGCUGUGCACGCUGCAGGGCUGCAGCAACUGCAGCUCCCUGCUCAGCCCAGCCCGCCAGCCCAGCGGGCAGCAGGGCCACUGCCAGUUCUUCACCUUCCAGCUGCUGCCCCAGCACAACGGGCACAGCCCCGCUGCCAGCCAGGGCUCUGAGCCCACGGGCACCCCCUGAGGGCAGCACUGCCUGGAGGGCAGCUCCCCUGGGAUCAGCAUCCGGACAGCUCUGUGCCCCUGGGCACUGCCCUGCUCCUGCCAGGCACAGGGAGCAAUGGAGCCGUGCUUGGGUCCUCAGGAGAGCAGGGAGGGGCAGCAGGCUUGGUGCCACAGCAGUGCCCACAGCAGGGACUGCCCACGUUCCCAAAUAAUUCCCAGAGAAACUACUGAGGCUGAGCAGAGGGCAGGGAGGGUGCUGGACACAGCCAGGGGAGGGAACGAGGGAUUCCUCAGGUGUCCUGGCAGAGCUGGGCAGCCACACACACCUGGGGUGGGCAGGGGUGACCAGCUGGGCCAGGGUGGGGAGGGAGGGAGGGAGGGAGGGAGGGAGGGAGGGAUGGAUGGAUGGAUGGAUGGAUGGAUGGAUGGAUGGAUGAUGGAUGGAUGGAUGGAUGAUGGAUGGAUGGAGGGAUGGAUGGAUGGAUGAUGGAUGGAUGGAUGGAUGAUGGAUGGAUGAUGGAUGGAUGAUGGAUGGAUGGAUGGAUGGAUGGAUGGAUGGAUGGAUGGAUGAUGGAUGGAUGGAUGAUGGAUGGAUGGAUGGAUGGAUGGAUGGAUGAUGGAUGGAUGGAUGAUGGAUGGAUCCAUGGAUCCAUGGAUGAUGGAUGAUGGAUGGACAAUGGAUGGAUCCAUGGAUGAUGGAUGGAGCAAUGAGGAAUGCACUCUCCAGGUUGUCCCUGGCUCUGCCCAUAAUUCCCAGUUGUUCUGUACAUCGCUGUACACUCGCACUUUAGAGAUGGCAAACAAUGAUUAAAGUCAUUUCUCAACAAUUGAAA